AAACCCAGAACUCCUCGCUCAAGUCGCUCGCUCCCCCUCUUUUUCUUUUAAUAAUCAACCCUCCCUCCUCCAUAUUCCCUCGGUUUCCGUCCCUUAGGGUUUUUUUUUUUUUUUCUCGCCCCAUAAAUCCCCACAGAACAAGAAAGGAAAAAAGAAAAAAUAAUAAGAAAUGAGUAACGACAACUUCGACAUGUCAGAUUUGGGCUCCGCCCUCCCCGCCGCCGAUGCCGGUAUCACCAAUCCCUGAGUCCUAGUAUCUGUCUCUCUAAGAUGAUUCAUAUAGUUAUCCUGUAUCUUUGAGUUGUAUAUUGGUUCAAAAAUGAAAAGUUUAUGCUAGCUUUCUGCUAUUCAAACUGAAAUAAGUUCUAAGCCACGUGUUUGUUGUUUUUUAUAGCUCUUAGUGAGGAGGAUCGAGCUAUUCUGAUUAACAAUUCUGCUACAGGUGCCCGCCGUUGGGUAGUUUUGGGGAAUCGGCUGACGUUGCCGAUAUUAUUUUAAAAAAAAAAAAAAUCGAUUUCAGACAUUGUUUGCAUCUCAGCAUAUGCGCCACUGCGCAAAAGAAACUGCGAGAACUUGUCGUCUUCGUGCUGUCGACUGAGCAUUGCCCAUCAACUUGAUCCUCUUUGUGUCGUCGAACCCAUCUGAGCAUUGGCCAUCAACUCGUCGUCUUCGUGCCGUCGAAACUGCGCCAGAAGAAACUACGAAAACUUGUCGACUGAGCAUUGGCCAUCAACUUAAUCCUCUUCAUGCCGUUGAACCCAUCUGAGCAUUGGCCGUUGACUGAGAGGAAAUUGCACCGAGUAGCAUGUUUCUGGAAAAAAGAAGAAAGAAGAUAAAAUAUAAAAAAUAUAAAAAAGUGCAUCAGCCACUUCUGCCGAGAGCUCCAGCCACGGCCCAUGGUGUUUCCACUUUCUUCUUCUCCGUUCAAUCAGCAAAAGCGGUCCAUCCCCCCCGAGCUCAGCCUUCGCUACACCUCCCUCUCCGAAAUCCCCAUAUCCAUAGGAUAAACUCCAGAGUUUGGCUGCUGGGCAAUCAGAUAUUCUAGAAACUCUAUCACCCAAAGUCAGGAAGCGUGUUGAGUUUCUGAGAGGGAUUCAGGCACCCAGCUUUCCUUUGAACUCAGUGGUCUUUGUGGGUGGAGUGCUGGCUCAGAUCUUCUAAUAUAGAGUUGAAGAUAAUGUUUCACAUUCUAACUUUGAAGAGCCAACAUGAUGAGCUGGAGGCAAAAUUUUUUGAGGAGAGAGUGGCAUUGGAAGCUAAAUACCAGAAGCUUUAUGAACCACUUUACACAAAGAGAUAUGAGAUUGUGAAUGGUGUAGUUGAAGUUGGAGUUGCGAAAGAGACUGCUGUGGAUCAAGAAGGAGAUAAAGAUGCUAAAGAGAAAGGAUUGCCUGACUUCUGGCUUACAGCAAUGAAGACUAAUGGAGCACUAGCUGGGGAGAUCAAGGAGCGUGAUGAAGGGGCUCUCAAGUACCUCAAAGAUAUCAAGUGGUGUAGAAUUGACAACCCAAAAGAUUUUAAACUGGAGUUCUUUUUUGAUACUAAUCCGUAUUUCAAGAAUUCUUUCCUUACGAAAACGUAUCAUAUGAUUGAUGACGAUGAGCCUAUAUUGGAGAAAGCAAUUGGGACUGAGAUUGAGUGGUAUCCAGGUAAAAGCUUGACGGUGAAGAUCCUAAAGAAGAAGCCAAGAAAGGGAUCGAAGAAUGCCAAACCCACCACAAAAACUGAGAAUUGUGAAAGCUUCUCUAACUUUUUUAAUUCACCACAAAUUCCCGAGGAUGAUGAUGAUCUUGAUGAAAAUACUGCUGAAGAGCUUCGAAAUCAAAUGGAGCAGGAUUACAACAUUGGAUCAACAAUCUGGGACAAAAUUAUCCCUCAUGAAGUGUCAUGGUUUACGGGGGGGUUUGAGGAUAUCGGAGAUGAUGACAAUGGCAAUGAUGAUGAGGGGGAUGAUGAGUAUGAAGACGAUGACAAUGAUGAGGAGGAGGAUGAUGAAGAAGAGGAAGGCAAGGGCAGGAAGCAGUCAUCUGCGCUGGACCCAAGAAAAGCAGAAAGCCUCAAGCUAGGGAGCAAGAGAUUGGAACUGACAAAUUCGUCUGGGUACGUAGUUGGUGGGAGAUCGAGGAGUAUGCCUUAAAACGAUUGCCGUUUACGUACACGACAGUGAAUUUUGCAGUUUAGCUAGCUAGCUGCAUGGAUUUGUAUUUUAUAAAGUUUGGUCCACAUCCUGAUCAAGUUGCAGAAAUGGUAUUAAUGGCGAAAUGCUAGCUAACAGUC